UCUUUGUGUGCGUUUUUUUAAUUUUUAGUACAAAAAAUGACUGUUACAUACAAUGCAGACGUCGCGACUGUGCGGGGUUUUGGCUGUUUUUUGAAAUUAUUAGGAAGAUGGAGAGGAAGUUUGUACAAACUAGUAUGGCUAGAUUUACUAAUGUUUUUAGUUAUUUACUACGGUUUAAACAUUACAUAUAGAUUUUUUUUAGAUGACGUCUCAAAAGUGGUUUUCGAGAAUAUAGUUCGUUACUGUGAUGACUAUGCGAAUUUGAUACCCUUAUCGUUCGUGUUAGGUUUUUACGUAACCGUCGUUAUGAACAGAUGGUGGGGCCAAUACAGGGCGAUACCGACGCCCGAUCCGCUGGCCGUUUUCGUCAGCGCUACCGUACACGGCCAUGACGAGCGUGGGCGAGUUAUGAGAAGAACGAUCAUGCGCUACAUCUGCCUCUGCGUAACGAUGGUAUUCACCAUGAUCUCACCUAGAGUUAAGAAACGUUUUCCCAGUUUAGAACAUUUCGUUGACGCCGGUCUACUGCAACCCAGCGAAAAGGACAUCAUGUCCGAUUUGAAUAGCAAAUUCCCCAAAUAUUCCAAACACUGGUUACCAUUGGUUUGGGCGUCUAGUAUAGUUACCAGAGCACGUAAAGAAGGUCGUAUUAGAGACGAUUUUGCAGUCAAAACUAUUAUAGAUGAAAUAAACAAAUUCCGAGGACAAUGUGGAUUAUUAUUGACCUACGACCAUAUUAACAUUCCAUUAGUUUACACUCAGGUAGUGACUUUAGCAGUUUAUAGUUAUUUUAUAACAAACGUUAUGGCUCAUCAGUGGACCACUGAUAACAAGUACAAAUUCGAUUUAUAUUUUCCAGUAUUUACAACUUUACAAUUUUUUUUCUACAUUGGUUGGCUUAAAGUAGCCGAAUCAAUGAUCAAUCCUUUUGGUGACGAUGACGACGACUUUGAAGUAAAUUGGAUGGUGGAUAGAAACCUACAGGUUUCCUAUCUAAUUGUCGACGAAAUUCACCACGACCACCCUGAACUGGUAAAAGACCAAUACUGGGACGAAGUUUUCCCGCAGGAACUCCCGUACACCGAAGCAUCGCGAGCUAUAAGGGACGCGCAUCCCUUACCGUCCACCGCUAACAUAGCCAACAGACCCCAGGACAUGGAAUUGUCCCAUCCCAACCCCGGUUUGUACCCGCCGAAUAAAUUGGACGACAUGCAGUCCUACAACGGAUUGGACGGCGGUCCCAUCACCUUUUCCGCUAAGCCCAGGAAUUCUUUUAGGUCCAGGGGGUCCCAAAGUUCCCUCUACGGAAGAUCUGUACCAGCAGAAACUAUAUCGCGCCACAAUUCCGUAACGAACAUGCUGAAGCGAUUCUUCAGCAAAGAUGAUAGCAAGAGCGACGCGAAAGUGGAAGCGAACGAAUUGAACACUCUGGUAUUGCAACCGGUACCCAAACCUGCUGGCAGUGUUAAGAAAAUCGCGCAAGAAGUGAUAGAAGAGGUCGAUGAGCAACAAACUAUAACGUCUCAGCGGUCUGCUAAAGAAUCUCGCCCUUCCGUAAUGGGUUUUUUUGGACCACCAUCUCCUUCAACGCCUAUAGAUGUGCCUUUAUCGCACAGUUAUAAUAUGGACCCAAACAUUUAUGAUCCGUUCCCUCAGUUGUCGAGAUCAGUGCCGGGUACAUCUAACAAUGGUACCGAUGAUCCUGAUAAAGUUAGUAUAGGUGGUUCGGCAACCGAUGAAGAUGAAGACGAUGAGUUUAGUAGGUUAAAGAAGCUUAGAGAAAAAGAACGCCUUAGCAGGUUUAGACACAGUUUAUCGAGAUCUCUCGGUGCCACCCGCCCUGAGGAACUGGAACUGUUCCUGCAGCGGCAGGAAUCGGAAGCACCGACCACACCAGCCAGUCCGAGUUCACCGAGAACGCCUUCAACCAUAUGUUAAUGAUAAUUGUGUUACAGUUUUUAUACAUUCUGACGUUUGUGGGAAGUUUAUUACGCUAAAUUAGUGACGACCUAUUUUUGGUUCCACUGAAAAUUACAUUGACAUUAUACUUAUAAAAAUAGAGGUUAUAGGUAUUCAUUAAAAUUUUAUUUCUAUUAUUUUCAAGAUUGUAUUAAUGUAAAUAUUAAAAAUAAUUUGGUUACAUAUUUAUGACCUGCCAACGAUAUUAAAAAAAAAAACUAAGUAUAUGUCAAAUUCAGUAACAAUGGUUUAUUUUGUUCAGUUCAUUGUUAGUGGAACCAAAAUUAAGUUACACUAAUCUGGCGUAUUUAUAGAUAUUCAUUGCUAACCAGGUGAAAACGUAGUCAUUUCUAAUAGGGCGGUAAUCUAGAAAAACUGAUGACACCGCUUUAAGUCAAAUUAUAUUAUAUAUAGUACUUACAAAUUUUACACUGCGCCGUAUUGCCUUUUUAAUUAAAUUUGCGAAACAAAAACGAGAAUUGAUCUAGCAAUCCUAUGUUGCCGUUCUGCGCCAAUGUACAUUGAAUGGCUAAUUUUCAAUAUUCCACAUAAGUAUUUUUUUUUCACGGACGUAUUGUCUCAUACCGCAUACGUUUUAUUUUAGUUAUUGCCUUGUUGCAAGAUCAAUUGCUCUUAUAGUAACUAUAGUUAAGUCGAAUUUUUAGUAAAUGAAAAUAAAGCGCCCUAAUUGAACUUUCCUUUAUACAAUGCAAAUAAAUUUUUGCCUCUAUAUUUUCUUAGAUAUACGCUGGAUUUUUUUUUAUUUUACGAAUUACUUAUUUUUUCCUGUCUCACACGCAGUUAUGAUGUCAAGCCAGACAGAAAAAAAUAAGUUUGUUUAUACGAAAAUUUACGAAAAUGUAGGAGAGCAACAUCUAUUUUUUUUAAAUUUCGACUUUAAUUCUAGAUUAAAUUUAGACUUUUAUCUCGAAAUUUCGACGUUAA